GUGAAAUGAAAAAAAAAAAAAAAGAAAAAAGGGGGAGCUGGCACUUCCUACACAAACACAUUUACACAAAAGGAAAAAAGAAUAUCCACAAUCCCUCAGGACUGGAUACCCUCUUCCAUUUCUGGGUUCUUCUUCUUCGUCAUCUUCCUUCUAUGUUACCUCAUCUUCACAGUUUUACAGGUCUCCAACACUAAAGUUUGUUGCUUUCUUUAAGCAAACGCAGAAAAAAGAUAGAUAGAAUAGAGAGAGAGAGAGAGAGAGAGAGAGAGAGAGAGAGAUUGAAAGAGGACUUGGGGUGUAAAAAUUGAUUUGUGUUGAAAGGGUAAGAUUCAGAUGUUCAUAAAACCCGUUGCCAUUGUUUUCUCCGAUUUCCUCUCAUUCGGUGAAUUGCCAUUGGAUAUCCAUGAUUGCCCACUAACCCAUUCAACUCUCUCUUCUAACAAUUUUCCUCGAUUUCUCUUUUAACCCUAAAAACCGCGAAACCUAGGAAACCCCACGAUUGUUUUUUUUGCUGAUUUUCAAUUGGAUAUUGGUUGUCGAAUCCCUAAAAGAGCUUCGUUUUCGACCCUUUUCAUUUGGGUUCCCACAGUUUGUUCUCCUUUAUGGACUCAAGCUUUGGAACUGUGUUUGAUCACGGUUUUGCUCCAAUCCUCAUCUGGGUUUUUUUUUAUUUCCUUUGAAAAUUGACGGAAACUCAAUCAUGAUAGGCUUCAAGUGCUCGCAUUUAGAUCUGGUUAAGGACUCCCUUUGGGCGUUAGAGAUUGGAAAGUAAAACGCUUCUCACAAGAAUACAUAAUCAUCGCAUUGAAUUUGCUGUUUUGUUUGGUUGGCUUUUUGUCGUUUUGGGUGGUGGGUGCUGAAAACUCCUUAAGCAAAAGGGGUUAUGUCCGAGGCUGGCCCAGCUGUUGGUCAUGUCGGCUUCCCCAAAAUGAAAGCCAAGCCAACCGCGGAGAGCUGUUGCAACCCAGUGAAGAAAUCCGGGCCUGUUUCCAUGGAUCAUGUUCUUCUGGCAUUGCGGGAAACCAAGGAAGAUAGGGACCUUAGAAUCCGUAGCCUUUUCAAUUUCUUUGAUGCUGCCAAUUUGGGUUAUUUGGACUAUUCCCAGAUUGAGGCAGGCUUAUCUGCUCUCCAGAUUCCCCCCGAGUACAAGUAUGCCAAGGAUCUGUUGAAGGUUUGUGAUGCCAAUAGGGAUGGCAGGGUCGAUUACUAUGAGUUUCGAAGAUAUAUGGAUGCUAAAGAGCUCGAGCUUUACCGCAUUUUCCAAGCUAUUGAUGUCGAACACAAUGGCUGCAUUUUGCCUGAGGAGCUUUGGGAUGCACUUGUGAAGGCUGGGAUUGAAAUUGAUGAUGAGGAGCUUGCCCGGUUUGUUGAGCAUGUUGAUAAGGAUAAUAAUGGAAUUAUCACUUUUGAGGAAUGGAGAGAUUUUCUUCUGCUUUAUCCUCAUGAAGCAACUAUUGAAAACAUAUAUCAUCACUGGGAAAGGGUAUGCCUUGUAGACAUUGGGGAGCAGGCCGUUAUUCCAGAAGGAAUCAGUAAGCAUGUUCACAGAAGCAGAUAUUUUAUUGCAGGGGGAAUAGCAGGAGCUGCUUCUCGAACUGCAACUGCUCCUCUUGAUCGCCUGAAGGUCAUUUUGCAAGUUCAGACAACAAAUGCUUGUAUUGGACCAGCCAUAAAGAAGAUAUGGAAGGAAGGUGGUUUCCUAGGGUUUUUUAGAGGUAAUGGGAUAAAUGUUGUGAAGGUAGCACCUGAAAGUGCUAUCAAGUUUUUUGCUUAUGAAAUGUUGAAGAAUGUGAUUGGAGAUAGUAUGGAAAAAGACAAGGAUGAUAUUGGAGCUUUUGGGAGACUUUUUGCUGGUGGUAUGGCUGGUGCAGUAGCACAGACUGCUAUCUACCCUUUGGAUCUUGUAAAAACGAGGUUACAGACUUUUUCUUCUGAUGGUGGAAAGGUUCCUAAAUUGGGAACUCUAACAAAAGACAUAUUGGUUCAAGAAGGACCUCGUGCCUUUUACAAGGGUCUUUUACCAUCUGUUCUUGGGAUGAUCCCCUAUGCUGGCAUCGACCUUGCUGCCUAUGAGACCUUAAAAGAUAUGUCAAAAUCAUAUAUUCUUCGGGACAGUGAACCUGGUCCUCUUGUCCAACUGGGAUGUGGGACAAUAUCUGGAGCUAUAGGAGCAACUUGUGUGUAUCCCUUGCAGGUUAUACGAACAAGAAUGCAAGCUCAACAUUCUAAUUCAGCUACUGCUUAUAAGGGAAUGUCCGAUGUGUUUUGGAGAACGAUUCAGCAUGAAGGUUAUAGAGGUUUCUACAAAGGCCUAUUUCCAAAUCUUCUCAAAGUUGUGCCAGCUGCAAGCAUUACCUAUAUGGUCUAUGAAAGCAUGAAAAAGAGUCUAGAUCUUGACUAGGGAGAGUGGGUCUUCAUGCCUGAUGGUAAUUAAGGAUCUUGGAUUUAGGAAUUGUAAUGGUGUUGUUGAUGAUGAUGAUAAGAAAAAUAAAAUUAGAAAACAAUUAGGCCAUAUGAUUAUUUAAGUUAUAUGAUAGAUGGUUAUUCCCCCAUGGGGUAUGGGGUACAUGAUUUUGUAGCCGGAGAGUUUUCAUUUAUGUUAUUCGGAUCUAAAUGUUGAGAAACUAACAGUUAUCACAUUUUGAAAAGAAAGAGAACAGCAAGGUGAAAGGUAUUUAUCCUUUUUGUUUUAUGUAUUUUCUACAACUACUAUAAAGGGAUUCAGAUAUUGCAGACA